UUGGUUGACUGAUGAGUCUCCUGUUCUGAGGAGUGUGUAUCCUGUUGAGUAGCUCCACUCUAUAUGCACCUCCCACUCCUUUUUCACAUCACUCUUCCUUCCACUCUCCUAUUCUAUAUUCCAUCAGCGUCGUCCAACCCCUUUAUGGCUAAAUGCCCCAAAACGACACCCACUCCCACCAAAACGGUGAAACCACCGUCACCACCUCCUCCUCCCCCCACCACCACCACCCCGUUCUAACCCUCCAGCUCCAAGCAAUGACCUCCACCACCUCCACCUCCACCGACCCCCUCCCCUCCUCCGACGACGCCGCCGCCGCCGUCCGUGCCGUCAACAAGCGCUUCGAGGGCCUCCUCACUGUCCGCACAAAGGCCAUCAAGGGCAAAGGCGCCUGGUACUGGGCCCACCUCGAGCCCAUUCUCGUCCCUCACCCCGACACCGGCCUCCCCAAAUCCGUCAAACUCAAAUGCUCCCUCUGCGAUUCCCUCUUCUCCGCUUCCAACCCUUCUCGAACCGCUUCUGAACACUUGAAACGCGGAACCUGCUCCAACUUCAGCUCCGGUCUAAGGCCCGGUUCACUCCCUUCUCCUCUCCCCAUUUCCUCCAUCACCCCCGGUUCGAACCGGAAACGCCCCUCCCCCGCCACGUCACCCCCUUCCUAUCAAAAUCACUCCUCUGCAAUGGUCGAGUCUUCCCGCUUCGAAAUCGGUUACAAUAAUAAUAACAACAAUAAUUCUCUACACAACCAGCACCACCAGCAGCAGCAUUUAAUGUUGUCUGGUGGGAAAGAUGACUUGUGUGCCUUGGCAAUGUUUGAGGACAGUGUCAAGAAGUUGAAGAGUCCAAAGACUUCGCCUGGUCCUGCUUUGAGCAAGGACCAGGUGAAUUCUGCUUUGGACUUGCUCUUCGACUGGUUCUAUGAAACUUGUGGCUCUGUGUCUUUGUCCAUGCUGGAGCACCGGAAGUUUCAGGCUUUUUUGAGCCAGGUUGGUUUGCCCAACAAUCUGAGGAGGGAGAUUUCUGGGGAGAGGCUUGAUGCUAGGUUCGGGGAGGCCAAGGCUGAGUCCGAGGCUAGGAUUAGGGAUGCCAUGUUUUUUCAGUUGGCCAGUGAUGGCUGGAAGAGUGGGGAUUGGCUUAACUUUGACUUGUGUUGCAGUGGUGGCGGGGAAAGCUUGGUCAAGUUUGUGGUGAAUCUCCCCAAUGGGAGUAGUGUGUUUCAGAAGGCGGUGUUUACUGGGGGAGUGGAGAAUUCUAAGUAUGCUGAGGAGGUUUUGUGGGAGACGGUUACGGCGGUCACGGGAAGUGUGCAGAGGUGUGUGGGGAUUGUGGCGGAUAAGUUUAAGGCCAAGGCGUUGAGGAACUUGGAGGUGCAGUACCAUUGGAUGGUGAACACUUCGUGCCAGCUUCAGGGGUUUGCUAGCUUGAUCAAGGAUUUUAACCGCGAGCUGCCACUUUUCAGAGUUGUGAUCGAGAGUUGUUUGAAGGUUGCCAAUUUUAUAGACAAUGAAUCUCAGAUGAGGAGUGUUUUCCUCAAGUGCAGGAUGCAGGAGAUGGACUGUGGUGGGCUGAUUCGCGUGCCUUCGCCAAAAUGUGAUCCGUUGAAGAACUUUGGAGUGGUGUUUCCUAUGUUGGAGGAUAUUUUGAGCUGUGCUAGAGUGAUACAAAUGGUGGUGAUGGAGGAUGGGUUUAAGGUGAUGUGUAUGGAGGAUCCUUUGGCGAGGGAGGUUGCGGGGAUUGUCCAGAAUGAGGGGUUUUGGAAUGAGUUGGAGGCAGUUUAUUCGCUUGAGAAGCUUGUUAGAGGGAUGGUACAGGAUGUUGAGGUGGAGAGGCCGUUGAUUGGUAGGUGCUUGCCUCUUUGGGAGGAGCUGAGGAGCAAGGUGAAAGAGUGGUGUGGGAAGUACAACAUCGUGGGAGGACCUGUGGAGAAGAUAGUUGAGAAGCGGUUUAGGAAGAAUUAUCACCCUGCUUGGGCAGCAGCAUUUAUACUUGAUCCACUUUACUUGAUUAAGGAUGCAAGUGGGAAGUAUCUUCCUCCGUAUAAGUGUUUGACGCGCGAACAGGAGAAGGACGUAGAUAAGUUACUGACCAGGCUGGCUUCGCGAGAAGAGGCUCAUGUUGUGUUGAUGGAGCUGAUGAAGUGGAGAUCAGAGGGGCUUGAUCCGCUAUAUGCACAGGCUGUUCAGAUGAAACAAAGGGAUCCAGUAACCGGGAAGAUGAAAGUUGCAAAUCCGUUAAGUAGUAGACUUGUCUGGGAAACUUGUUUGACUGAGUUUAAAUCACUUGGGAAGAUUGCAGUGAGACUCAUUUUUUUGCAUGCAACUUCGUGUGGGUUUAAGAGUAAUUGGUCUUUUAUGAGGAAAAUUUCAGCUAAUAAGCACUCAAGAGUUGCCUUGGAGAGGGCUCAGAAAAUGAUAUAUAUUGCAGCUCAUGCCAAACUUGAGAGGAGAGACUUUUCUAGUGAGGAAGAAAAGGAUGCAGAGCUGUUUGCCCUGUCUGGCAGUGAGGAUGGCAUGCUCGCUGAUGUCUAUGCUGAUGCUCCCUUAGUGUAAUGUGCUUUUUUACCUCUUAUAGAAUUGUGUAAUUCUAGGAUUUAUCAGAUUCUUUCAAGAACUCUUCUAUUAUUCCCUUAUUACAUUUGGUGGGAAACUUUUCAUCACUUUGGGGUUGAAAUAGAAGGAAUAUUAGAAGGACCAAAAAAAGCAUGUUGUUAGCGACUGUGUUAUGAUCAGCUUUGAUUCUAAUGAAUCAUCAAUUUUUUCGUAAUUAUUUUGUACUUUUGGGAUAAGGAGGAACCCUUGCUCUUUUAUCAGCAUAACAACAAUCCAGGAAAGGAGCAAGGAGAAUGCCCAUUUUUUUUGUUGCCAGUGAUUUUGUAACGAGGGUGAUUGUUGAGUUCUAAUUCUAAUAUAAUCUACAACUUUAAAAAAAA